ACCGCAAGAGCUUAGAUUCGACUAUUUGUGCUCGCACAGUGAUUAUCAGACGUUCAUUGAGUGAAUAGCAAAAGCUAAGUCUGCGCUAAUUUUUAAACUAAUUUAUAUUCUUCUGAAUUUGUACUUGCUGCCUUAGCAAAUAACAACAUAACUAAGUAAGUUGCUUUGUAUUUUGGCGUUAUCGAGCUUAGCAAGAUAUUCUCAAAAGCUAUAAUGAAUGCUGAAAUGAUCAUUUCACCUGGAACUGGAAAUGGUGGAAUGGUGCCGUCUUUGGGAGAUGAUGACUUAAUACAGUUAUACUCGGAUUUACAACAUUUGUCGGCAUCCAUUUUAGCAUUUCAAAGCGACCAACACCAACAAUCAACAGAGCGCAACGGUUUAAUUAUGACUUUGGGUAAUCUACUUCAAGAAUAUGGUGUCAUCCAGGACCAAUUGAUAGGCGCAUUGAAAGCUUGGCAACGAAAACAGACAUUAGCCGGCAAUGGUGCACCACCUCCUAGCAAUUUGGAUGAUAUACAAAAGAUUGUGGAGACAUUGUUUGACCACAUCACAGAGAUUAUACUAUUUAUAAAUAAUCUCCUACAAAUGGGGAAUGAGGCAAUUCUCAAUGAGUACUUACAACAGGCACAGGAAUUAAAACAUAUUCUCAUAGUUUCAACAUUCAUCGUUGAAACGCAACCACCGCAGGUGAUGAGAAAACUAGCAGGAAAAAAUUCGGCAACUGUUCGCUGGUUAAUCGGUGAUAAAUUGGACAUACAUUUGAGCAAACCAGUUGUAAAAUGUGAAAUACUCUCAGAGGAUUUAGCAAAGCGACUUACUGUUGAAAACAUCCGUAUGCCACCAGAGAGCAGUGGCACAAUGACGAACAAUGAAUGUAAAAUGAUAUAUGAUAGCAAUACUAGGAAAUUCUCUGCAACUUUUUCAAAUCUUAUGAUAAGCGACGUUCAACGCUUUGAGAGAAGGGGUUCUGAAUAUGUUACGGAUAGAAAACACUCUUUGCUCUUUUACACAACUGCUCUUUUUAAUGGUCAUACGAUUAAUAGCUGGGCAAUUAGUGUACCCUUAAUUGUGAUAGUACACGUUAAUCAAGCUAGUAAUGCCUGGGCUACGAUUAUAUGGGAUAAUGCGUUCUCUGCAAUCGAACGUGAACCAUUCAAAGUUCCAGAGAGGGUACAUUAUAUACAAAUCUUGGAGGCAUUAGAUAUGUAUUUUGGCUACCAUACAGGACGUAAUUUAACUCAAGAUAAUUUGAAUACUAUUGCCAAUAAACUGAGAGUGGAUGAAACUGGUCAGCUCAACGAUUUUAUUAGUUUUUCGCAAUUCUGUAAAGAUAAGAUGCCUAACUGUACUUUUACCUUUUGGGAAUGGUUCUAUGACAUAAAGGAGUUUACGAAGAACGUUCUACAGGAAGAAUGGACGAAUGGACAUAUUGUCGGAUUUAUAAGUGAACGGGAAGCCAGAGAAAUAUUAACUCAUCAAGACAAUGGCACUUUCUUAUUGCGUUUCUCGGAUGAUAUAAAAGGUGGCAUAAGUAUUGCUUAUCGUGACUGUUGUGGCGAGAUAAUAAUGUUGGAACCAUGGACCAGGUUUGAUUUCCACAUACGUUUCCUAGCUGAUCGUAUACGAGAUUUGAAUAUUUUAAAUAUCGUAUAUCCAACGAUGAUGCCUAGUAAUGCGGCGUUCCGUACUCCAUUUCCAAGACACGAUGUGCCGGGUUAUAUAAAUCGUAAUACAUUUAUUCUGAAUGUAAUGGAAAAUAUUGAUUAAAAUUGCUCAGUGAUCAUAAGAUAACUUAAUUAUUAUUAUACAAAUGCUUAUACAUAUAUGUAUCUACACUCUUUACAUUUACAUCCAAGUACUCGUAUAAAUGCAUAAUAACAGGAUAGUUGAAGCUUUUGGUGUAUAUUCUAUUGUCGAAGAUUUUAAAGAAAUUGUAAAUAAAUGGAAUGCUGAAAUGAAA